AUGAAUUUCAUAUUAAUUGCUUUUUCCUUGCUCAUAGUCAAUCUUUUAGCAUAGUCAAAUUAGAGACCAUCCUAAAAGAAAUUCGUAUCAGAAGCAGUAGAAAAGACCAUCGAGAGAAUUUCAGAAAAAAUGAAGGAUAAUAAGCUUAAAUACACUUUCAUCAAUUCAUUUCCUAAUACACUUGAUACAACGGUAACCAACUAUGAUCCAAGUAUUCCAGAUGCCUUUGUGAUCACAGGCGAUAUUACAGCUAUGUGGUUAAGAGAUAGUACUAAUUAAUUAUGGACCUAUAUGGAGUUUGUGAAUUAGGAUAGCAAAUUACAAAACUUGGUAAAAGGAGCAAUCAAUCGCCAAGUUAAUUAAGUCCUAAUUGAUCCAUAUGCAAACGCAUUCAAUUAUCAAAAGAAAUCGUCAGAAUGGAGCAAUGACAACACGACUAGAUGCUUUUUAGGUGUCAAUGCCCAUGCAAUGUCACAACAUCUCCAUGAAAGGAAAUUUGAAAUUGACUCAUUAGUGGCUGUCUUAAGACUAGCUGUUGGUUAUUAUAAAGAAACUAAAGAUGCAUCAAUCAUAGAUUUUAAAUACUUAAAGGCUGUCCAAAGAAUACUGAGAACAUUCAAGGAUUAACAAGCAGACCAAACAGAACAAUUUGCAACAUUCAGAUUUCCCUAUACUUUUUAGAGGAAUGCCAGAUCAACCGAUACAGUUAUUAAUGGAAUAGGGGAACCAGUUAAAAGAACUGGGUUAUUAAGAACAUUCUUCAGAGCCUCUGAUGAUUCCACAGUCCAUUAAUUUAAUAUCCCAGAAAAUGCUAUGGCUUCGGCAAUCUUAAAAUAAACAGCAGAGAUGUUGAGUGAAGCAAACUUAAGUUGGUCUUUAAGAAAGGCUGCUGAUCCUUUAAUUUAAGAGGCUUUUGCAUUAUCUUCAGAAAUUAAAGAUGCCAUUUACAAAUAUGGAAUAAAGGACGGAGCAUUUGUGUAUGAAGUCGAUGGAAUGGGAAAGCAAGUGUUUAUGGAUGAUUCAAACCAACCAAGUUUGCUUUCUCUUCCAAUUUAUGGAUUUAUUGAAAUUGAUGAUCCCUUGCUCUCAGUUCAGCCAAUCCCUAUUAUUUUUGUGGGAACAGCAGCUAAAGGUAUAGGUGGUCCUCAUAUUGGGGCUAAUUACAUAUGGCCAAUGGCUAUUGUAACUUAAGGAUUGACUACUAAUGACAAAUAGGAAAUCAGAGAAUGCUUGAGGAUGUUAGUGACAACCACUGGAGGCAAAUGGUUUAUGCAUGAAAGCUUUUUCAAAGAUAACCCCUCGAGUUUCACAAGAUCUUGGUUUGCAUGGGCAAAUGGAUUGUUUGGAGAAUUAGUGUUAAAGAUAGACAAAGAGUAUCCAGAAUUAUUAGAAGAGAAUUAUGCUUGA